CGGUGCUGAGGAUUACAUGUUACUAAAUUAAUAAAUAAAAUAAUCUAAGAAUAAAAGUAAGAUACAAAUAUAGAAUAUAAAAUUAAAAUAAAAUAAAAUAAAUGUUUAAAUGUUUAAAUAUUUUGUUUAAACCAAUAGAUGGCGACUGAUAUUACCUUUUCGUUGGCUAGACCCAAGUCGUCGAUCGUGCAUCUUGGCUGAGCUAAGGCGCACUGUAAUAAAUGUUGUCCAAUUGGUCUUCGCCACACUCGCAUAGUAUGUCCGGUCUUUCCUGGUAUCCCCAUUUCAUCAUGUUCGUUUUUGUUUUAGCUACUCCAGCUCUUAACCUAUUUAACGUCUUCCAUAUAAUCCAUGGUUGGUUUCCGCUAUAUGGUAAGUGCUCAGCAAGCAGGACAAGUUCUUCAGAUUGUAGCUCUUCUCUCCGUUUGCGUGAUCUGUGUUGUGCUGGUGAGUGUGCUUGGAUCGUGAUUGAAUUUGCAAUAAAACUUCUUAGAGAUUUUAGUCUCCUUUGGGCUCCUCAGUAACUAUGCAUGAGGUGUCUUUGGUCCACUGUUUGUUUAGUUUUUUCUAUGCAUGUUGCCACAUAUCUCCGUAUACUUGGUGGAGCUAUCUUUGCUAGUGGAUGUAUAUUAUAAAUAUCCGGAGGAUAUGGUAAGAGCCUCCACGUGGCGUAUCCUGCAUCGUGAUAUACGACUCCAUACCUGGAUAACUAAUCUUACCAACACUGGUGUAACAGUAUUUUAAUACCCAUCAUAUUAUUAUCUUAUAAUAAUACCUAGUAACAGGUGAUUUAUUAUGUAAUAUAUUAUAUAUUAAAUUAUGUAUUUAUUAUGGUGAUAUCUUUUUACCUUAGAGGGUAUGAACUUCCGAAAUUAGGUUAUAAUUUAUAUUAUAAUAUGUUUUAUUGUUUUAAAGUCGAUGUUUCACUAUUUUUUUUACAUAUGUGUGUUAAUAAAAUUUUAAACAAUAUUUCCUUCCUUUCUGGAACUAUCAUUGACACACAAAGAUCAUAUUUUAUUUUAAAUUACCUAUGUGUAUACAUAUUGUCAUUCUUCAACAAUAUUUUGCGAUACUUCAGUAAUGAAUGGAACUAGAAAACAUAUUGGGGGAUUUAACCUCCAGGACGUCCCUCUCCCUAAAUACGUCACUGUGUGGGGUACAAAUCUUCUGUUACACCGGUGCUAGAAUGUUUUACAUAUAUUGAGGUCCCUUGAAUAUGCUUGUUAUGCACAGUUAAAGAAUCGCUGCUCUUUCGCUAAAUUAAAUUCCCUUCAGUUUUCUAUCUUCUCAACUUCCUGCCUACAACAGUGGCUACACCCGUCCCUAUUAUCCUAGAACAGCUUAUUUAGAUAAUAUUUCUUAAAUAUUCGGAAUAAAUUCUAUUAAGUACCUAUUCGUAAUAUUUUGGAAGUAUUGUUGUUGUGAAGUAUUCGAAUUUAUAUUCUGAAUAUUUUUUUAGUGUGUAUUCGAAUAUGUAUUCUUAAUACUUUUUAAAAAUACCUAUGUCUGCAGCAUGACCCGUCCACAGUAUUAGCUCUUAUUUUUUAAAAUAUAGGUAGAUUUCCACUAGUUUGUGAAAAAUACACUGAGAGCGCUGAUAGUGUAGAGGUUUUUGAUAAGACUGAUUUGCUAUUGCUUUUCUCAUCAGCGAUAGCAGCUUAAUAUAAACCGUCGUGCAACCGUUAUAAUAUCUAUAUCAUAGAGAUGACAUAUUAAGACAUAUUAAGAUCUUAUUAUGUUAAUGGUCAAUACAUUUUAUAUUUAAAUAUAGCCUUGUCCUGAACUGACUACAAUUCAAACAAUUAAACUGAGGUUAUCAAAAAUAUGAAUACAAUAUAUAAUACGGAAUGUUGGUAACACUGCCUGGUUAUUUUUUUUUCUUGACAAUUCUAGAAUAUUCUUCGGCUAUAGAAGAUACAGUGUUCAGUGGUUUAUACAUAUUCGUAAUUUGUUGUGUUUUUGUGUGUCAAUUGUACGUUUCAUUUCUUCAGACCAUUUAAUUUUUUUGAAUACACACUUAUUGAAUUUUUUUCAUUUUAUCUUGUUAUUUCACCAACUUUAAAAAAUACCGUCUUAAAUUAUGGUAAGUAUACUUUUGUUAAAUAAUAUUUUAAUUAAUAAAUUACCCAUUUGAAAAUAAAAAAAAAACAUACCUACCUACACGAUAUUUUAAAAAUACUUAUUAUAUCUAUUUUAACAUACAAAUCGUUAUUUUAUUCUACAAUGAAAAUUCAUAUUAAUUAAAAAUGAAUCAGUUUAUCAUUUUUUACUUUUUAGUAAAGUUUAUUAAAUUUUUAGGAUAAUCAUCCAUGUGGUUGUGGUUUAAAUAUUUUCAUCCUAAUUUCAGGCAUCUGAUUUAAAAGAAAAGGGGAAUGCUGCUUUAGCUGCUGGAAAUUACGAAUUAGCCAUCGAAUUAUAUACAAAAGCUAUUGAAUUAGACCCUAAUAAUCAUGUACACUAUAGUAACAGGUCAGCCGCCUAUGCAAAGAAAGGAAAAUACCAGAAUGCAUUGGAAGAUGCAGAAAAAACUAUAACCAUUAAACCAGAUUGGCCUAAAGUUAGUUAUAAUACAAAUAAUAUAAAACUAUAAUUUUAAUGCUAUAUAUUUAAUCAUUAUUUGUAUUAUUUAGGGAUAUUCAAGAAAAGGAACAGCAUUGUCAUUUUUAGGCCGUAAAGACGAUGCAGCUAAAGCAUACAGCGAUGGAUUAAAAUUUGAUCCUAAUAAUCAGCAAUUGCUUGAUGGUUUAAAAGAAGUAAAACAAUCUCAACCAUCUUUUGGCAGUAGCAUGUUCCCUACAGAAGGAUAUUUGAAACUGGCUAAGGAUCCUAGAACCAAGAAUUUGAUCAAUGAUCCAGAGUUCAUGAAGUUACUGAUGGAUUGUCAAAGAAACCCUCAAAAGUUAAUGUUAGUAUGAUAAUAUUCGAUAUUGCAAUCAAUACUUAAUAUAUUAUAAAUUAAAUUAAACAACCUAGAUAUCUAUAUAACACUUUGUAACAUGCAUUUGUUGAAAUUUAGGUAAUUAUUGAAUUACCUAAGUUACUACAUACAAAUUAAAAUUUGAUUUUAUUUGGUUGUGUCUUAUGUUGCUUAGAUAGUUAAUAGGGACCGAAUGUCCAGUCAUGCUGUAGUGUAUGACGAGAUUUUACGAUAAACACAAAUGUGUAUAAAUAUACUUAAUAUUAUUUAUAACUUGGACUUCUAUGGGAUUAUUACUUACUAUGUUUUGUACAGUGUGUACUAUUAUAUUAGUGUAUUAGCUGUAUCCAUAUACAUUUUUUUGAAGAUUUUAUUUUGUCUUAAAUUCUUAUGUUUUACUUUUUAGAUGAAGAGUGUAGUGAGGGAUCUAUUGGUUUUAUUAUGAUAAUGGUUUUUUUUCGUCUGAACAAUUUUUUUACUGGCAAACUUACUCCGAAGUAUAGACUAAUAUCUUUCCUUAAAGGUAAUAUUCUCUCGUUGGUGAAUUGUGAGGUCAUUUUUUGAUUUUCCAAGGGGUUUUCUAAAUAAUUGUAAAAAACAAAAAAUUAUAGGUAAAAUGGCAAAUAUAUACAGAGUUACCAUUUUUAUUGUUUUUAUUAUGUUAAUACAAUGUUUUCUACUAAAAGUAUUGCUCCAAUCUAAAAAUGAUGAGAUAGAUUUUAUUCCUUAUAAUAUUUCGCCAGUGACAGUCAUUUUUCGAUAUCUAAAGUAUUUUUCAUAACCACCUUGUUAUUGUUUUAUCAUUAUUUUUUUGUUACAUAAUAUAUAUAUCUGUAAUUGGGUUUGUCUGUAAUGUUUUAAAUAAAUAAAUAAUAAUUGGGAAAAACCAAAAAAAAUGAAAUUAAAAUAUUUUCUAAAUUACGGCACAACAAUUUCAUUAUUUUAAAUAUGUACGGCUCAUGUUUUCUACCAUAAAUAUACCUCAUCUGUAUUCAGUAUGUACUCUGUAGAUUAAAUUGUUAGACUAAACAGAAAUGCUUAAUGAUAGUCGUACUUUAUAGAAAAAAAAAAAAAAAAAAAAUUGAGCUCUAUGUUGAAUUUUAGUGUAGACGAUUUUUAAUAGGGUCAAAAUUUUGAUGGAAACUAUUUGUGUAAAAAAAAUUUGUUGAAUAAAUCACUUAGUUAUUAAGAAUAGUUACCCUGCGUAUUUAAAAUAUCUCUUUUAAAUACCUGAACAUCAUGUUUUAAUUGGUUCUGAUUACUAUAGUAUGCAUAUGCAAGAUCCUAGAAUAUCAGCAGCAUUAAGUGUUUUAAUGGGAAUUAAUUUAAUGGGUGAUGACGAAAAACCGGGUGAUGAUGAAAAAAUGGAAACGGAAUCACCACCAUCUCCUCCAAAACCUAAAAGGGAACCAACGCCACCACCAGAAAAAAUGGAAGAAGAUGGUUUUACAGAAGAACAAAAACAGGUAUUUUAGUAUUAAGAAUAUUCAAUAGGUUAUAUAAUUCCAUAAUCAUUAAUAUGUUACUAAUUUUAGUGUUUUUAUAAAGUUACAAGGAAUAUAUUUAUAAUAUAUAAUUCACUUUCUUUUUAUAGUUUGUAUGUGUUUAUUACUAACUAUAAACUGAUAAAUAAUGCCAAUAAAAUAUUUCAUCAAAUACUUCCCAUUAUUGCAUAUCUGUAGAUUUUUUAUAUCAGCUGUUGGUUUUGUUGUAUUAUGAUGGUAAACAUGGAAAUAUAACUAUAAAUUACUAUGAUAAGUUAUAAGUUUUAGGGGUGCCUCCUAUGGGGCAUGGCUGGCUUUAUUUUUCCUCAUAUCUUUUAAGGUGUGAUUCCUGUGCACACAUCUAUAGACGCGCAGUGCGAUUUAAUUUUAGUCGCGCGAUCUAAUAUUGAUUCCUAUGUACUCUUCAGUAGACGUGCGGCGAAUACUACAGGGCUAGAAUUAGGCACGUAAUCAUAGUUAUAUCCAGUCCUCUGUUUGGAGCGGUUGUACUUGUAUAUUCAUAUUGGUGUGUUUUAAAAUAUUAUCAUUUCAGUUUAACCAUGUCCUUAACAAAAAGAUAAAAAAUAAUCUUAUAACUACUUAUUUUACAAUAAGUAGAAGAAGAACAAGCCAUUAUAAAAUACAUUCUGUCAAAUAAUAAAAAUGAAGUGCAUGAAAUGUACUUAGCCAGAGAAGCUGAAGAAUUUUUCAGUGUCUUGUUAGAAAAACAUUUAUGGCGAGACGAAACCAAAUUCAGGGAAUUUUUCAGGUUAAGCUGGGAUUAAUUUAAUUAUUUAUCGAACCUAGUUGACAUAAUAACACCAACUCAAGCAUAAAAAUUAGAAAACCAACAAUUGCUACUGAAAAACUAGCAAAAACUGAAUAGCUGUGCGGCUCGUGUGAUUUGACUGUCCUAGAAGCAUAGACACCAAGUUGCUGUCACGUGGCAUUAGAAGCUCGCGACCGCUGCCAUAGGAAUGAGUUAUGUUUAGAAACAAGUAAAGUAGUACCAGCGCAUCUUAAGUUAAAUUGCACCCCAUCAGUCGUCUCUAGAUGCAUGCAUAGGAAUCACACCUUUAAGUUUACUUAUUAUAAUGUUCAUGUUGUAAAUAUAUUAUAAUUAAAUAAAAAUAUAUCAAGAGAAUUUUAUUGAGACUUAAGUUAAGUUCUACAAAAGUGGUGAGAGUAAUUUAUGUUGUAUGGUUCAAAAUGUUAGGCAGUAAACAGAAAAAUAGAACAGAGUGAGUAGCAAAGAUGAUAAUGCUUAGGUGGACAAGUGGAGUGACAAGAAAAGAUAGGAUAAGGAAUGAGUAAAUAAGAGUUAGCUUAGGCGAAGCUUUGAUAUAACAAAAAAUAGACAGAGAUGGUUUGAGCAUGUCAUUGGAAGAGAAGAAUUUGAAGUAGUAAGCAUUGUAGUGAUAAACACAACAGGAAACGGGUGGCAAGAAAGACUGAAAAAAGAUGGUUGGAUGCAAUUGAGAAUGGUAUGAGGACAGCCGGUGUAUGUGAGGUAGGAUAUCUGUAGUCUAUUGGAAAUCUAGAACAAAGGUGACCGGCCCCAAGUAUUUAUAAAAGCAAAGGAGAAACAUAAAAAAAAAAUACAAAUAAUGAGCAUUUUGUAAUCUUAAACUAUGUGUAAAUCAAAGCAAAAUUGUGGGCUUUAUGCAAAUUUCCACAUUUUUAACAACACACUUAAAAAAUUUUCAAAGUGUUUUUAACAAAGUUGAGUAACAUUGUUUGCUACUAUGUUUUUAUUAUUUAUUUUUCACGAUUUUGUUGACAAAUUUUAGACUGUUAUCAAUUAUUAUGUCCUAAUUUUAAACAUCUUGCUGUGAAGUCAAAAUUUGGUCACUAAUAUUUACUUUUAUAAUUAUCCUAGCUAAUUAUAAUUAUCAUUGUGAUUUAUAAAUACAAAUUUUAAAAAUAUUUUUUGAAAUUCAAAUUUUAUUUAAGUACACAUAUUUGUUGAUACACUUUUGAUAAACAAAAACUAACUUCCUAGAUCAAUAAAUUUUUCAGUAAGUUGCUAAGUAUAUUAAACUUAUUAACCAUGUAAUACAUUUUUAAUAAGUUUUUUUAAAAGAAAAUGUAAAAUGUAUUUUAUCUUUUUUAAUAUUCGAGAUAAUCAACAAAUGCAUGGAUUACAGUUUUUAUUUGUUUUACUCAAAAUCUUCAUCAUAUUUUUGGUAUAUAUUUGUAGAACUAUUAUAGUUCAUGGUUAUACCUGCAUUAUAUAUUUUAAAAAUGUGAAAUUGUAAAAUUUUACUAUAUUGUCCAAAAGGAUCUGAAUGUGAAAAAAAUAUUUGUUUAACUAUAAAUACCUAUUUGAUUGAAUAUCUAAUUUUAUGUAUAUCAUUAUUAUUAUUGUCAAUUGACAUUGUAAUAUUUUUGCCAUAUUGGAUAUUGGUUUAUUUUUUAAAAAAAUAAACCUUUUAAAUUAUUAUUAUUUUCUGUAUAAAUAUUGUUGUCUUAUACGUUUUUCAUUUAUGUAGGCUAAAGCAGAAAAGGACUUGGGUAAUGAAGAAUAUAAAAAGAAAAAUUUUGAAGAUGCUUUGAUACAUUACAAUAAAGCUAUUGAGUUAGAACCUACAAAUAUGACAUUUUACAACAAUGUAGCUGGUAUGAUUAUUACUAUUUAAAGAUACAUUAGUUAAUAACCAGAUGACCAAUUUAAUACUGACAAAGUGAAAACCAUUUAUAAACUUAAAUUAAAAUAUUUACCUUUCAUAUAUUCAAUCAAUUAUUAUAUUUUUUAAUUUCUAAUUUCAUUUUUAUGGUUUAUAUAAAUUGAAAUAUUUUGCAAAUACCAACUUCUAUUAUUAGUAUUUAUUUUUUAAUUUAUUAUAUCUCAGUUUUACUGUAGAAAAAAUUUUAUUUCUGUAAUUUUCUAUAAUAACUAUAAUAAUUGACAAAAUUUAUUGGCAAAAAUGAAUUAUUAAUCCAUUCAAUUGAAGUGGUGUGGUUGCUUUUAGGCAUUAUUUUGGAGAAUUAAAAUAACAUAGCAUCACUUUCAGUCAUAUUCUAUACAAAGAUUGAUAGCAUUAAAUUCCCAAAUUAAUCAAGGAAAAAGAGAUUUUAAACAAUCAUCUACAAAAGAUAACUGAAAUAAUUUUGCAUAAAAGUUAAAUUAUAUUUCAUCAAAACGCACUUGGAUACAAAACAAAUGUACACUAAAAAUAUAAAAUCUGCAUUAAAAAAGUUUUUACUCCGAAUUUCAGUACUUAACUUUUGGUAACAUACAUUUUGGACUUGGCUAUUUAUUUAAUGGUUCAAACAAUCCUCUUAGAAUAUCUGCUCCUUAAUUAUAUCAUUUAUUUCUGCUAAUUUGGUUAUGUGACAACAACUAAAAACGUAGCCAUGAAAGUGCUUAGAGCAAAUCUGCAAAAUGCUGUUCUCUAGUGUAUGAUAUAAACAAACACUAUUUGAAUUAAUUCUGUUUUAUAAUAGGGGAGAGAAUCUUCAUAAAACCAAUAAUUAGAGACAUGAUCAUCACAGUCAAAACCAUAUUUUUAUUUUUGUAAAUUUGUUGACCACUAGAGAAUGAUAGACUUCAGUAUUUUCAUGGCUGCUUUUGCUGCAGGCAACCAUAAUGCCCUAAUUUGUGAUAAUAUAUAGAAGUUUUAUUUAUAAAUUGUAGUAAAUAAUUAAUAUAAGGAUGUUUUAAAUUCUUGUAGCUGUUUAUUUUGAACAAAAAGAAUAUAAAAAAUGUAUUGAGCAAUGUGAAAAGGCUGUUGAUAUAGGCCGAGAAAGUAGAGCAGAUUUCAAAUUGAUCGCCAAAGCUUUCUCUAGAAUUGGAAAUGCUUAUAAAAAACUAGAGGUUAGAAUUUCUUAAUUUUUAUGUACUUGUAAUAUUUAUUGAUUCCUGUGUAUGAUUUAUUUUAUCUAGGAUUAUAAAAAUGCAAAAACAUAUUUUGAAAAAUCGAUGUCUGAACAUAGAACUUCAGAAGUUAGGAAUAUUAUUUCUGAACUAGAGAAAAAAAUUAAAGAAGAAGAACGUAAAGCAUAUAUUGAUCCAGUUAAAGCUGAAGAAGCUAAGGAAAAGGGAAAUGAAUUUUUCAAUAAUGGUAAAUUUGUAUUAAUGUUUUUUUAAUUAAUUAUAUAUCAUAAUAAUUAAUGAUUAAUAUUUAUUAUUCAAUAAUCUCCCUGUUAAAUUAUGUUUUACUUUGACUUUUAUGUAUUUUGUAGAAAUUUUUAAAAAUGUAUUAUUUGGUUUUAGGUCAAUUUGCUGAUGCAGUCAAAUAUUAUAGUGAAGCUAUUAUGCGUAAUCCUGAUGAGCCUAAAUAUUAUAGUAAUCGAGCAGCAUGUUACACCAAAUUAGCAGCUUUUGAUCUAGGUUUAAAAGACUGUGAAAAAUGUGUUGAAUUGGAUCCUAAAUUUUGUGAGUUUUGAAUAAUAUAUUUACUUUUAUAUAUAAAGUUAUUUACAGAUCGAUUUAUUUUUUUUUAGUAAAAGGAUGGAUUAGAAAGGGUAAAAUAUUGCAGGGUAUGAAAAAAUCGUCAAAAGCAUUAACAGCAUACCAGAAAGCUUUAGAAUUAGAUUCUUCUAAUACUGUGAGUAAUUGCAUAUUGAAAUAUUUAUAUUUAUAUUCAUACUUGUAUUUUUAUAUCAUAGGAAGCUUUAGAAGGUUACCGAUCAUGUUCUAUAGCUGCAAAUUCAGACCCUGAAGAUAUGCGCAAGCGUGCAAUGGCUGAUCCUGAAGUUCAAGAUAUUAUCAGAGAUCCUGCUAUGCGUCUUAUACUUGAGCAAAUGCAGAAUGACCCAAAAGCAUUAAACGAGUAAGUCGAAUUUCAUGUGGACAAUUAUUAGAUAAUUUUAUAGUAUUUAAUCAAUAUUCUAAUUUUCUAAUUUUCUUUAUUUCCAGCCAUUUAAAAAAUCCAGAAAUUGCUAGUAAAAUCCAAAAACUAAUAGAGUCUGGACUUAUUGCCAUUCGUUAAAUUUAAAGAAACUAGUUUUGUCUGUUCCGUGUUCAAGAACAUUAUCUUGCACUACUUUAAACAAUUGUUUAUAAAAUAUUAUAUUUUGUGAAGUUUCUUUCCAAUAAAAUAAUAAAAAUUAGGUACAAGUAUAAUUUAACUCUAUAAUACAGGAAAAGCAUUACUUGUAUGUCUUAAAAUAUAAUAUUAGGUUAAUUUUACUAUAGUUUAAAAAUAUUUUUCAAUUUUUAUACGAUAUUUUAAAUGUGUAAUUUUGAAAUUAGUUUUAAUAUUUGGUACAAAAAAUAUAUAUCUUAAUGCCUUUCUUCUUAUUAAAAUAUAAAUUGUAAACCUAUGAAUUCAACUAUUAACAAUUAUGAAUAUUAUAGGUUUUAAAUUGUAUUAUUAAAUAGAAAUUAUGCAGUACACUUAAAAAUAAAUAAAAUAGUAGAAUGUUUAGCACAUAGUUUAUUGAUAAACCAUAUAUUUAUUUGAGAAUUUUGAAAAUUUGAAAGAAACUGUUAAAUAUCUAAAUAAUUUUAUUAUUAAUAAUGAAUAAGGAUUUUGAUUAAAGUGCUUGAGUUCAAAUAUGAUGUAUUUUUGAAAUUAUUUGAAUUUUUUAUUAUUAUUCAUAUCCAUUUAAUUUUGGCUGCUAAAGCUAUUAUUUAUCUUGUUUUUCUUAAAAAGUUCAUUAUUUGUUGGUUGUUUUUUUUUUUUUUUUCAAAAACUAAUCCAAGGUGUUGAGUAUUUUGUUUCCUUAAAGAUAGUAAUAUCGAAUUUAAAAUUAAUGGAUUUUUGUCUAAACCGGUCAUCAACCACACAACAAAAGUAAGUCUCCGAUUUGUAUCAACUUGACGAAAACGCUGAACUAAAUCAGGUCGAUAUAGAUGCAUUUUAUAUUUUUUUAAAUCUUACAAACUGCGGUAUAAGAUAUUCCAAACUCUAUCAACGUGCCGUUUACAAACUCUUGGAUUUGCUCUAACAUAGGCUAAUAAUUGUUCCUCAAUCUUUUCAUCUAAAGCAUCACCUAGUCUUUGUUGUUGAUUGUUAACUUUUUUAGAAAAUGACCCAUAGGUUCUAAGAUUCCUUUCUAAGUUAUAAUAAAAAACGAAAAUAACUUAGAAAAUUGUUUGGAUAAAAAUUAAAGAAAAUUAAUAAAUAAUACCUGGGUAACGUUGAGCAUAAGUUUGUGCUGCACGACGUGCAUUUUUUUGAUACCCAAUAAAUAAAUAACAUCGACUUUUUAUGAUUGUUUCAUAUUGGUCACGAAUUAACGUAUGUGUUUGAACGAUGAGAAAUAUUGAAAUGUUCAGUCACUUUAUUUAUUUAAUCGUAUUUAAUUUUGUAUCAAAUCAUACAGAUAAAUGUUUACUCUAAGAUAGAUAUUGUACUUAAUGUUUAAUUUUAUAAUGGCCGAUAAAAUAUGAUAAGUAAUAGUUAACGUUUAUUUUCCAAUUUAUAUUAGCAUAGGUUUAGACAACAAUUUGAACAAUUUAUACGU